CAUCUGUUUACAUUUACAUCAUUGAAAUGUUCUGGUUCAACGUUCUCGUACUAUUAUAAUUAAUUUUAUUUUUGUGUAACUCUUUUUAACACCUAUCUUUCCUCUAACAGAUUUACAUGAUAAGUGAGAUUUAACAAAAUGUUCUCAGUGUGCUUCACUCACAACAGGUGUUUAUUUUAAUUCUAACUGAAUGAUGAAUAGCUCAUUGUCACACUUCAGACAGCCUGAGAUUUACAUUUUCUUUUUCGACUGCGACUGCCAUGAUUUCCAUUAUAUUGGCUCAUUGUAAGUUCGAUCACUACACGGUGAAUUUUUAGAGUGAGCGUUAGAGUGAUUUCGUGAUCUGCUCCGGAAGAAGCUCGAAAGAUGCCCACCAAAGUUUACACGAGGAAGGAUACCAGCGAAGUCAGCUGUUGCUUGAAGUACAUCAUCUUUAGUUUCAACGUUCUGUUUUGGAUUUUCGGGUUGGGCAUUUUAGUCGUCGGAAUAUGGGCCUGGCUAGAGAAAGAUACUUUCAACAAUCUAAGUCAGUUAACUCAUAUUGCUCUGGAUCCUGCCUUCAUUUUAAUACUUGGUGGAACUCUUACAUUUGUAAUAGGUUUUACUGGAUGCGUCGGAGCUCUCAGAGAAAAUACUUGCCUGUUGGCAACGUAUGCAAUUUUUCUUGCCCUAAUACUUCUUUUUGAAAUGACAGCUGGUACUCUUGGUUUUAUUUUCAAAGACUGGAUAAAAAAUCAAGCAACUGGAGGGUUUCAAACUUUCAUUGUGCAUUACAGAGAAGAUCCAGACCAGCAAAAUUUAAUCGACUGGAUUCAAGAAGACUGGUUACAAUGUUGUGGCAUUGAAGGACCCAAAGACUGGGACAAAAACAACUAUUUUAAUUGUUCUUCUCAUGAUGUUGGAAGCAGAGAAGCAUGCGGUGUGCCAUUUUCUUGUUGUCGAAGGAAACCUAAUGAACUGAUAAAAAAUAAGCAGUGUGGCUAUGAUGUGCGGAAACCUGGCUAUUUUGCCGAUGGUUGGACCAAUUUAACUCCAGCACAAAUGCAAGAACCAAACAUUUUUGAAAGAGGUUGCUUACGUGCUGGGGAAGAAUGGAUGGAAGCUAAUAUGAUAACGGUGACCAGUGUGGUCAUGGCAUUUGCCAUAGUGCAGGUAUCAAGUUGGUCAUCUAAACUUGACCCUGCAAAGAUAAUUUAUCAGCGAGGCUGUGUAGAUGCGGCAGAAGAAUGGGUAGAAAUUAAUAUUUUAUACAUCGCUUCAAUUUGUUUUGUAUCUGGAUUUUUUAAGAUUUUAGGAAUAUGUUUUGCGCAAAAUCUGAGAGCAGACAUAUUUGCUCAGAAAGCCAAAUGGCAUUGACAUUCACAGAUGCCCACUAUGGUUUAGUGGACCCAACUUUACUAUUUAUCCGUAGCUUGUAUGUAUUCAUUAAUUUAUAUAUUACUAUAUUAUUAUGUAUCCUCAAAUUUAAAGCCGAUUUUCUCUUUCACAGUAAUUUUUGAACUGCCAUGAUGAGUAUUUAGUUUUUUCAGGCAUUAGGUUCUCAUUUUGCCCUAAUUUUUUUCGAAUUAGAGGGCUAGUUCUCAGACAGUCGUGACUGUCUAAUAUUUUUCUUUGACAGAAUAUUUUUUCCCGUUUGAUCUUGAUGCCUGUUAGGUUUUUAUCAGUAGAACUCAGAUGAUCAAUAGUAUUAAAAAUCGGCUGAGUGUGUGAUAUUUGGAAGUAAAACUUUCAUCCAAUGUAUUAUUACAUCAUAAUCUUAAGUGUUGAAAAGUAAAUUUAUUUUUUCAUUCAUAUUAAAUGCAAUAAUAAUGUGAUAGUACAAAGAAUUGUAUUUAUACAUGAUGAUGCCAUGGUCAUGCUUGGAAAUGUAUAAAAGAUUUAGGCACCUGCGUAUGUGAAAUGGUAGUCCUGUUGUGUAACUGGUGUUUAUCGGCUUGAUACUUAAUUUGAUAUGUAGGUCUCUUGUUAGUAUUAGAGGAACAAGAUCGAUUCAACAAAGAACUGUUUUCUCAGAUUUGCCUUGGAACGAAGUAUGUACUGAGUAUUUUUCUUUUUACAACUUGCCUCCGACCAUUUGAUUCAACUUUUUCCACUCAACUUCUCCAAGAAGAGAGAAAACUUCAACAAGCUUUCUACUUUUUUUGUUUUAGCUUGUGCUAUUCUUUCAUCCAAGUAACCAAAAAUUAGGAUUCAGUCGAGCAAGUACUGCAAAAAAUUGCAAUCGAGAAAAUGAAAAAAAGUACUUAGCUUCCUUUCUACUUUAAAUGUGUGAUUUUUGGUUCGUCCAUUCCAAACUCUUGAUGAUCGUAAUUCUGCUUAAAAAUGUUUCUUUCAAAGAAAUGGGACAAAGAAAAAGAAGUGAGUAAUUUUUGCUUUUUUCCUGUAAAAAGACCGAUUUUUUCACUCAUACACAAAAAAUGAAACAAAAACUCACUAGAUGUUCAAUACACUGCUUUUACUUAAGGUCGUGUAUUACUUCUAUGAUCUUAUAUCCAGUCAAAAUAAAUAUUAUACACUCCGAUGGCUAAAUCUGGAAACCUUGUGCUUUCUUACCAGUGUUUCAAAAUAGCAGUUCCACGUAAAUUUUUUCGAAAAGGAACAAGCCAAAUUGUCUUUAUUUAGAGUCCUUUUAAGACUAGCUCUGAAAUAGAGAUGUGAAAUCACAAAAAUUUUCAAGGAACUACGUUCAUCAAUGAUACAAUAAUACAAUGAAGUCUCUUAUGGCGCAGAUAGAGGUAUGUUGUUUCUAAGUUUAGUCAUCAAUAUGGAACCUUCUCUCAUUUUGUUUAAUCAUGCCUUCCUACUUAAAACAUAUAUUUCCAAGUGUCAAUAUUUUAAUACUCCUAUUUAUUAAUAGCCCUAAUAUUUGCUUAAUAAUUUUUUUUAUUAUUUUGCAUGUUCUAUUAGUGCUAUAAGUUAAGAUGCCAAUCUCAUCCCGUCUUUUGGUGAUGUAUUACUAAGCUUAUGACUGUGUUGCGGGAUCAUUGUCGUCUUUAUGUAUGUAAAGUGUCGGGCCAGAACUCAUCUCCAUUUGUAGUAUCCAGUGUUGUAUGGAAAUACAUGGCUCAUCAUGAGUUUUUCUGCGAAUCUGAGAAAAUACUUGGCAAUUUGCAUUAACUGGCUGUGUGGUCCGGGCUUUUCCUAAUUUUUUGUUUUGUUCCAGUUUCCUCUUAAUAUUGACUGAAGUUUGUUUCCCUCAUUUUUUGAAGCUAACUUCAGAUGUGACCGGAUCUGUGAAAAGGGCCGUAUCUUCUGGGAGAACAUUUGUCUUAACUUUUUUCAAAUACCUAAAGGGAGACAAUCUGGAACUUUUGGCGUAAGUUUGACCCUGAAAGCUGAAAAAUUGAAGGAGACAUGAGCCAUGAAGUUUCAAAGCAAAAAUUCCCAGGUUAAAGUAAAACGUGGUAUCAAUUUUCGCCAAAAUUAGGGAAAAUUUUCUCCCUAAAGACAAGGUUUCUUUUCACAGAUCUGAUCACGAAUGCAGUCCAUGAAAUAAGUUGUAAUCCUAACAAAAUUGUCCACUUUUGCUCUGUAAUUAUAAGCUAAUUUCUAUGUUUUUCCAUGAAAUGUGUGUGUCAAAAAAUAGAGUCUAAUUAGGCAGGCACAUAGUUGAAGCUAAGUUCGGCAAAAAGGGAAGUGUUUAUCAAGGUUAUCUGCGAUGAACCGUAGACUGGCAGAGUGGAAAGCAUGAUCUUCAUAGGUUUGAAGCCAAGUAUUCAUGAGUAGUAUUUGUUGGAGUAAUGUUUAUGAAAAAUUUGAAAUCCAAAACAUGUUUUACUUCGUAUAGUUUCCUCAAUUGACCUCUAUUGCCCUUGUCCCUCGUAGUCGCCCAUGUUUCCUUCAACUGAGGAACAAUGAGAGGAACUGUAUAAAAAUAAGCUUUCAAGAUUUAUUCAAAGAUAUAACUUUUAUGUGUUCCUUAUGCCUCUACUUAUUACUGUUUUCAUCAGCCUUGUUUUAAUUUCUUUAGCUGAUAAGAAAUCUAUUACCGCUGAAUUUAAAUUCAGAGUGCUUAAAGCCUGAGAUCUGCUCAAGCGUAAUUUUACUUCAAUAAAUUGAUUUAAAAUCAAUUAUUGAGUAGGUAGGUAACGAAGUCUUAAUUUUUAUUCUGCACUUUCAUUAAGUUUCUACUUUUCUCUCUGUUACUGCCAAUUGUUGUUUGUUUUUCUAUGGUUUUAUUUAAAAUCUCUUCGCUGUUUAUUUGUGUUCAUUUGUUCUUUGAAAAGAAGUUGGAUAAAUCUAACUGAAUUUUAAGCGAUUAACUUUGCCAUGAGUCAUACAAAUUUUAGAUCUCUACUAGCUUAUUGUAGGUAUAUUCAAUGAGAGUGUCAGAGAUUUAGGAAAACGGAUUGAAUUAAGUGAAAAAAAACCCACAAAUUGUGUUUGUUUUUUGCGCAAUGCCUCUAGGGUGCAGUGCAGAGAUCUUUUAAAAGCACUAAAGAAGUGAAGGGAAAAAACCUAAUAGACUUAACAUUUUCAAAUUGAUUUAACCACCUUCUUUUUUCUACUUAUUCUCAUUCUGUGCCACCAAUUAGAUAUAAAUUUUAUUUUCACUCUAUUUUGCUAUCUACGAAAUACAUUUUAUUUAAGAUACUUAUUUGCCUCUAUCGCAAGAGCCACAUAGAUUUUCAUGUGUACUUCCAUCCAUUCCUAUUUUCAAAGCAAUAUUACUUGCCUGUUAAAAUUUGAGUCAAUUGAAGGGAAAAAUAUUUUCUACCAAUUAUUAUGUUCUAUUGUACCCACAGAGCUCCUUUGAACCUUUCACCUACUAAAUUCACGAUUGAAAUUCUUUUCCCCGUAUGUUAUCAUGUUCUUAAUUGUGAUCGUAUCCUGUCAAGUACUCAUGUUUGCUGUGUCUACGUUCAGUAUCAUUUGCUUAUUUGUCUCUUUGUUUUUUCUUUGUAUUAUUUUUUUUUGGGAACAGUUUUUUAUCUCCUUCCCUUCAUGGUUCUAAAAAGACUUUGAGUGAGAUAAUUUAUUUAUUUAAGUUUCAGCUUGCUUUAAAAAUCAUCAAUUUUAAGUUAAAAUUUAUCCCGUUUCUUCCUAUUGUUUUUGCCAGUGUGAAACACACUUAAUAAAGUAGGUACUUAACUUUUUGUGAAUCUAUGGUAUUAAACUAAUUUGUGAUUAUUUAUGUGAAUAAACUAUUUUCAUUUUAAAA